AUGACGCUCGUUCGCUGCUUCCCAAAAGUUUCUCGAACCGCAUCAUCGGCAGCGCAUCACCGACAAGUUAGCAACCCCACCAAAGCGAUUCCCCUCCAACCUCUACUGCUUUUCGACGACUUCACAAAUAUGCCUCCCAAGCAGAUUCACGGAAAGGGCCGCACGCUCGCCGAGCCCAGCUUUGCAGCAAACACACUACACGCCUUCACAGACAAGGAGAACAGGAGCGUCGUCACUGCUAUUGGCCUGUUUGCUAUUGGCGUCACAUUUCUACACAGCAGCUGGGCUGAGAUCCUUCUGCCCGCGUAAAUGAUUUUUACGAUAAAGGAUGUCGAAGCACACGCCAUGAGGCCAGACCAGACGAGCCGGAAGACGAGCCAGAGCGCCCUGAAAAUCUCUUACAACUGUACAAAAGUGAGGAAACAGUAGAGAACAGAUAUGGAGAUGGCGUUUAGGAAGGAACACAGCAAUGACUGAUGGUUAGUUCCGGUCCGAAAAAGGACCACAACGAGAAAUCUGUACAACACCUGAAACAACAUCUACACACACACAUUACUCGCA